AUGGCGGCGAGUGCAAAACGAAAGCAAGAGGAGAAACACCUGAAGAUGCUGAGGGAAAUGACCAGUUUGCCAGCUAAUAGAAAGUGCUUCGACUGUGACCAGCGUGGUCCGACCUACGCCAACAUGACGGUGGGCUCCUUCGUGUGUACCUCCUGCUCCGGUAUCCUACGAGGACUGAAUCCACCCCACAGAGUGAAAUCGAUCUCUAUGACAACAUUCACACACCAGGAAAUAGAAUUUCUACAGACACACGGCAAUGAGUUAUGUCACCAGAGCUGGCUUGGUCUUUAUGACUGCAAAACCUCAUCAGCACCUGAUUUUAGAGAAUCACAGAAACUCAAGGAGUUUCUUCAAGAAAAAUAUGAAAAAAAGAGAUGGUAUGUACGUUUAGACCAGACCAAGCCAGUGUCAUCUGUCCAUGCAUCUAUCUCUGGAUCCUCAAACAGCAGUACCAGCAGCACUCCAGAAGUUAGGCCUCUUAAAUCCCUUUUGGGCGAUUCGGCUUUGACCCUACAUCUCAACAAGAACACCCCAUCCAGUCAAUCUCCGGUGGCCAGCCAUGGACAAACCCAUCAGCAGCAUGACAAGAAGUUCGAUCUUCUCGGUGAUCUUGGAGGUGACAUCUUCGCUGCACCACCAAAAAUUAGUGCAGGCCCCAGCUCAAGUUUUGCAAACUUUGCAAAUUUCAACAACCAUACAACAUCACAAAAUGCCAACAUGAAUGCAGAUUUUGCAAAUUUUGAUGCAUUUGGGAGCAUUCCUGGGUCAAUGUGUGGUAUCCCUUCAGCACCCCAAGUCCCAUUCCCAGCAUCAAGUACAGGUAAUUCUUCAGGGGGAAUAGCAAAUACCAUUUUUGCAAAUUUUGACAACAUCCCCAAAUCAUGUAGCGCUGGCUUUGGAUCCUUCAAUUCUUACUCCCAGAGUAACUCUACAGGAGCAUGCAGGGACACUGGACAGACUACCAGUGUCCCAGCUGAUAAAUACACAGCCCUUGCUGACCUGGAUAACAUGUUUAGUUCUGGCAAAACAGAGCAAGGGGGUGCUGUUACUUCUGGGAUGAAUACAGUUUCUGGAGUGUCUCAUAGUCAACAAGCACUGGCCAAAGGAGAUCGCUAUGCUGCUUUAGCUGAACUUGAUACAGUUUUUGGCCCCUCAGCGCCCUCCUCUUGUGUUUACAACAACAACAACAGCAGCAGCACACAGGGGGUUUCAUUACCCUCAGAUAAGGGACCAUCCACCACCCAAGCACAACAACUGGUACCCGGUAUGGCUCAAACUUUUAUGGCACCCCAGCCAAAUAAUCCUUUUGUAGCUGCUGGUGUCACAACUGCACCGUCCAACCCAUUUCAAAACAACAAAGCCGCGACAGUGGCAGCUGCGGCGGCGGCAGCAGCAGCAGCAGCAGCCGCAGCCUCAUUUGGCACAGCCUCCAUGAGUAUGCCUGCUGGAUUUGGCAAUACUGCAGCCUACAACUUCCCCACUAGCUUUAGUGGAACCUUCCAGCAACCUUUUCCUGGCCAGGUGCCCUACUCACAACCGACAGCAUAUCCCCAGCAACUCAAUGGUGGAGGAUUUCCGGUCUUUGGCCAGGGAAAGCCAGUCGUUACUCCUUUUGGACAGACGAUGGCUGGACCAAUGGUCUCCAAUAACCCUUUUCUGGGUGGUGGUCCAACGGCGCAAUAUCCAGGUGGCUCUUCAACAAAUCCCUUUUUAUAG